AAUCCGCGUUUUCUUAUCACCGCUGGGCAACCGCAAUAUAUACAUUAAUUUUGUUGUUAAAUACACAGUUCAAAGUUUCGGAAAUUCCUUGGUCGGACUUCCUUCCAUUGAUUUCAUAACCGUUAAUCGUUGAUUUUUCUAUACGGAUCAUUAUGUAAAAACUGCCGAAGGCUACAUAAUCACUUUCCUUGUUGUUCACCAGAUCCCUGUUGUUCGUAUAAGAGCCGUAGAGUGCUUACUUUCACCACGGAGAUACGUUCUGAACGCAAGUUAACAAAUUUCCCGUAGAAGAAUCUCAAUACCGGCAAAAAUGAUGAAAGCCGUAGUAAUUAUGUGCCUUGCCGCUAUGGCGGCCGCCCAACAGCAGUUUGUGUGGGAUUUAUUGAAGCCGGCGCUGAAUGCGGCGGAAGUACAGGCGAUCCUGGCCAACCGCGAUGCCAACCAGUAUCCUAACUACAACACCAUUCCGCAGACCGGCUUCAACUGUGCCAGCAAGAAACAGCCGGGAUUCUAUGCCGAUACGGAAGCCCAGUGCCAGGUGUUCCACCGCUGCGACAUUAACGGAAACCAGACCAGCUAUCUGUGCGUUAACAGCACAGUCUUCAACCAAGUGACGCUCAUUUGCGAUUAUUUCUUCAAUGUCGACUGCCAAAAAUUUGCCUCGUACGAGAAUUUCGCGAAUUCCCGUCUUUACACUGACCAGCCUCUCUUUGACACACCACCUAAUGAUUAUGUCCCGCCCGGUGUGGGUGCCCCUCAGAUUUUGGCUGCGCAGCCUGCUGCUCCACGUGCGGCCGCAUCCCGUGCCACGCCCAAGAAGGCAGCCGCGGGCGGCAAAAAAGGAGUCUCUGCGUAGUGAUUUGUACCUUUACGAUUAACGAAGCAGAAAGCUCGCUGAUGUUAAUUCGAUAUAACUGCAGAUCUCGAUCAGAAUCAAUAAAAAUCAAGUACAUACGUUUGCAUC